AUGAUGCAUCUCGUUACACUAGCUAUACAGGACCAUGCCUGCGAGGGGCAAACCUUGCAGCUGUCCUGCUCCGUGGGACAGACGCUCCUGAUCGAGAAUGCCAACUACGGUCGAACGUCCGCUCACCAUACCUGCGGCUAUGAUUCGAGUACAGGCUGUCAAGCACCCAAUAGCCUGUCCACCAUGAGGGAGCGCUGUGAUGGUUUUCAGCUGUGCUGCGUUACAGCAGAUGACCAGGUCUUCGGUGACCCUUGUAGCGGUGUCCCCAAGUACUUAGAAGUGACAUACCGUUGUCAAGACCAGACGACCAACAACUUCCUUGUCGAACUGCGGAACUGUCUCCACCCCGGCUUGGAGACCUGGAUCGGACUGAACGAUGUGGAAGAACAUGGAAACUUCGUGUGGGAGGAUGGAGAACCACUGGGAAGUUUCAACGACUGGGGACCCGGGCAACCCUACCGCGGUGGUGCAGGCUGUGUUCGCAUUAGGAAUGCCGCGUACUGGAACGGCCUUAAUACGUGGGACGAUACACAUUCCAGCGUGACUGUGAUGAUCCUCCAGCACCAGAACACGUCCUCCUCCCGCCUCGGUGCAGCUGCUUCUCCCUCCAAUGGAACAGCCAGUGUACCUAUGAAUGUCUCCCAGGAUUCCAUGGGGUUUCUGGGGAUGUCGUCAGGACCUGCGAUGCACAAGAGAUACAGUCGUGGUCAGCUUGGGGCUCCUGGUCCAACUGUAGCGUCGGCUGUGGACUGGGUCGGCAGACGAGAGAUCGCGAGUGUCCCAACCAACCGGACAGCUUCUGCCACGGGAAUUCCAGAGAUGUUCAGCUGUGCUACGCAGUUCAACUCUGCACAGAACAUGUCCGUGACGAUUGAGUACGUGUUCUCCUGGUUCAACUCGACGCUGAGCGGACUGACCGACGGCUGGGUCCCGGCCCCUGACAGCCUGGUCUCGCCGCCGCCGCUGGCGUUUGGCACCACGGUACGUCAGGCCGCUGCCGUGGACGGCGAGGCGUCAUCGAGGUGGCUGAACGAGGAAGGACUGGUCGUGUACAAAAUGACGCGGAAGUUCAAGGUGUCGUGUUCAGUAUCGCUGAAGAACUACCCGUUCGACACCCAGACCUGCGUUGUGCAGCUGCGCGGAUACGGUGGAGCUAGACUGCGGCUUCUGCCACUGGAUGACGUCACGUUGGCCGCGAUCAAGACAGACGCGACGGAAGUUGUGUCUCAGUUUGAGCUGACUGGAGUGGAGAUCCAGGGCGCCUUCCACUCCUUCAUGUCCAACACUAAAGGUGAUGGUUGCAUCUUCUUCAAGAAGACUUGUGAUUACGACAUCGACAGGUGUCUGUUUGGACGUUACGAGUCUUGUGACGCAAGCGAGGAAUGUGGACAGUGCCGGAGGACAGUAGGAACAUGCCGGUCGGAGUUAGACGAUUGCCGCCACUAUCACUCAGAUUCCAACGGCUACACCACGAUAGACGUCCUGGUGCACCUGCGUCGGCGGCUGAUGAGCUCCGUACUGCGGGUGUUCCUGCCGUCUGUAACGGUGGUCGUGUCGGCCUACCUGCAGCUGUGGAUGCCGCUGCGCCUGUCUGACAUCACAGGCAGGUUCAGCCUGGCCGUCACCACGUACCUGGCCAUGAUCUACCAGAGCAGCAGCGUGCGGAUGCCGUGGAUAUCAGAAGCCAGAGCAGUAGACAUCUGGUUCGGAGGAUGCCAGGCUCUCAUCACGCUGAUGAUGUUGGAGACAGGACUGGUCCAUUUUAUCUACUCCCGUCGCCUGAAGAAGGAGGAGAAGAAGGUCCGGAAGCAGCAGGAGAACCCUCCGAUCAGGAUCCCCCGCCCGGGGUACUCCACCGCCCCUGCCAGCAGCCUGGAGGAGCUGUUCGGCCGCCGCUGUCCCGAGGGUGCUCUCCGAGUCAGCGCCUUCGAUAGAAUCAGCAGGCCGUUCAAGAUCCCCAGGCCGAAGCUGAAGGACCCGGGGAACAUUAUGUGGCACCGCCUGCCGGACCAGAAGUGGAUCGUCAUCCCCCGGCCCGAGGACAAAGACGAGGCGGAUAGUCCGGAACCGGCGGCGCCAAAGGACAAGGGGCAGAAGAAGGCCAGCAAGCUUAAGAAGUCCAGCAAGAAGGCCAAGAAGGAAGAGCGGCGAUCUAAGACCCAGCGUCCUGAGUCGAUCCCGCUGCAGAAGUUGGACCAGGAGUCCUCGGAAAUGAACCUGAGGAGACGGCGGCAGCCAGUCCGUAACCCGAGCGAAGAUCUGGUGCGCGUCGGGUGGGAGCUGGCCGCAGGAGGAGGCUGGAAGUCCGUGUACGGCACCGAGGAGAUGGCGGACGACAUCGCCAAGACCUGCAAGCCCAUCCCCAGGGCCAAGUCCGUAUACCAGCUCCGCGGAGUGUGCGAUCCGGACAGUCCGGUGGUCACGGUCCCGAUUCCCGCGGAGUUUACUUCGUACGCCUUCCCCCCUUCCAUCAUCGACCCGGAGGAAGAGGCAGAGAAGCUGGAGAAGAUAGAGGCUGUGACGGCCAGGAUUGACCGGGUGGCCAGGAUUGUGUUUCCUGUCGUCUUUGUGGCUUUCUGUAUUGGCUUUUUUCUCCACUUUUACUAUAUUUACUAG